GCGUUUUCCGGGGCAAUGGCGGCCAAGGCCUUCAAAGUGCGGACCGGGCCCGGAGGGAGCAAAUACGGGCUGGCGGCCCGGAGCCUCGCGGAGCUGCUGCGGAAGGCCUCCCUGCUGGAGCCGCCCUUGGUCGCGGGCUGCCGACUGGGCCGCUACGAGGACGGCGUCGAAAUCAGCGAAGAGGCUUUCCGUGCCCUGCCCGAGGACGCCGAGCUGAUCCUGUUGCGCCCCGGAGAGGAAUGGAGCGGAUACGUCAGUGAGAUCGAGCGCUUCCUGCGUGCUUUCUCCAACUGCUCCUCCGGCGUGCUCCACGCAGCUCAGGGGCUCCUGUCAGGCGAGGAGGCUCCCAAGAGGUGCAAACUCCUGUCUGACCUGAUUCAGAACCUCAGUGAAAAUAUUUCUGCAGAAAGCCGGAAGGAAGACGAGGCGUGGUUUGAAGGGGUUGAAUCUCGGUUUAAGACCAAGUCCAGUUAUAUGCGCCAUAGUUGUGAGAACAGAAUCCGUGGAUACAUGAAAGAGGUUGGGGCUUACAUUUCUGCCGUCCCUCCCGCCCUCCAAAUGAAAUUCAGCGGGGUCGCCGAAGCCAUGCUGGAGAAACUGAAGUUGGAGAAGUACAAUGGUUUCUAUUUCGACCGGAAGGAAGAGACCAAAGGCCGCCUCUGCACACCGGAAGGCUGGUUCUCGUGCCAAGGCCCUUUUGACACCGAAGACUGCUGCUGGAGACACUCCAUCAACCCUUACGGGAACAAAGAAAGCCGGAUUCUCUUCAGCACGUGGAACCUCGACCACAUAAUUGAGAAGAAACGGGCUGUCCUGCCCACCUUAGUCGAGGCCGUGAAAGGCUGCGACGGGAAGGAAAUUGACUGGGAAUAUUUUUACCGGCUCUUGUUCACCACGGACAAUUUGAAACUGGUGCACAUUGUGUGUCACAAGAAAACAGUCCACAACCUCGGCUGCGACCGGACAAAAAUCUACCGUAAACGAAAGACAGGCCGGAACGACAGGCCUCUUUGCAGCCACACCCCGAGAUCCUGGGUUCAAACGUCAAAAACGAAACAAAAAAAUGACUCCAAACUUUCUAAAAAUAGAACAACGAAAACCUCCCACCCUAUAGCCAAGAAGGGAUCUGCUUAACGGCUGUGCCGUUUGCUUAACAACCACUGCAAAAGAGGUUGAAUCAAAUUUGCCUGGCCAGGGAGUCAUUUCUGUUAUUUAAAUGAUUGUUUUUACUCCAUAUUUUUUAAAAAGAGUAAAAAUGAAAAAUAAGAUUUUAAAGAAAUUACAAAAAUUAAUUAGUGAAUAUUAUAGCUGUUUUUCCCCCACCUCUUUAAAGGCAUUCAUUGAAGGCUGCAACUUGGUUAGCCACCUUGUGAAAUCGCCCCUGCAAGCUGGAAUUGUUUCGUUGUGUG